AUGGCUGUGAUGUUUGCUGUGAACGAUGAUAUGUUCUGCAUCUUCCAAGGACGUAUAGAAAACCUUCCAUUGCUAAAGCAACAAUAUGGACUAACAAAAACAGCAACCGAGGUCACAUCUGUGAUCGAAGCUUACAGAACCCUCGGAGACCAAGUUGUGAGAGAUUUUCAAGGGAGAUUCGCGUUUAUGCUAUUUGACUGCACGGAAUGUCUUCCUCGCUGGGAUGGUUGGGGAACUGACGCUGAAGGCCAUCUGGUUCUUUCUGAUGAUGUUGAAACUGUGAAGAAAGGUUGUGGUAAAUCCUUUGCGCCAUUCCCUAAAGGUAAUGCUCGGGUUUUCAAAGAUAUACACGAUGUUUCUUUACCUCAUCCUGGAGGAUUGAGGAGCUAUGAGUAUCCAUUAAACGAGUUGAAGCCGGUACCGAGGGUGGACAGAUCAGGUGUGCGGUGUGACUUUCAAUGUGGGUUCUGA